CCCCCAUCUCCUCCACACUCUCGCCUGCUGGCUUCUUUUCUUCGCUCCUGCUCAGUCUAGCCCCAAUCACACGCGCAUUCCACUUCAUCUCCCGCAAUGUCCAUUCCCGCCCUCCGCUCCUUCCCCACCGUCUACGGCGUGAAGCGGAGCACCCGCCUUGUCCGACGCCAUUCCCGGCUCGGCGGCGGCCUCCGGGCCAGCUCCGUCGCAGUGAACGGGGAAGUGGGGCUGGGCAGCAGGAGUACUGAGAAGAAAGAGGACGCGCUGAAGGAGGUCGCCGACGAGGAGGACAGUGGACUGGAGCCUCUCUACGAUGAUGGGUUCGGGGCCGUGACCGUGAAGGACUACUUUGCGGCAGCCAAGGCCCUGUCCAAGGACGACGGAGGCCCGCCUCGGUGGUUCUGCCCCGUGGAGUCAGGCCAACCGGCGGUGGAGGAUGCGCCCCUGCUGCUCUUCUUGCCAGGAACCGACGGCGUUGGGAUGGGACUCAUUUUGCACCACAAGUCUUUGGGCAAGGCCUUUGAGGUUCGUUGCUUGCAUAUACCAGUAAAUGAUCGUACUCCAUUUGAAGGUCUAUUACAAAUUGUCGAACAAUCUAUCCAACAUGAGCAAGAUUUGUCACCAAACAGACCGAUAUAUCUUGUUGGAGAUUCGUUUGGCGGAUGUCUGGCGCUUGCAGUGGCAGCUCGUAAUCCACAAACUGAUUUGGUCCUCCUACUGGUAAACCCAGCAACGUCAUUUGCAAAGACUCCAUUGCAGCCAAUAUUGCCUCUUCUGGAAGCAAUGCCAAGCGACCUUCAUGUUACAGUUCCAUAUCUUCUCAGCUUUGUAAUGGCUGACCCUCUGAAGAUGGCUAUGGUUAGCAUUGAGAACAACCUUUCUCCUCCAGAAACUCUUCAAAAGCUGGCAGAAAAUCUCACUUCUUUGCUGCCUUUGCUUUCAGAAUUGGCAGAUAUCAUUCCAAGGGAUGCACUUUUGUGGAAGCUUAAGAUUCUGAAGUCAGGAGCAGCCUAUGCCAACUCCCGUCUUCAUGCUGUACAGGCCGAAGUUCUACUUCUUGCCAGUGGAAAAGACAAUCUUCUUCCGAGUGGAGAAGAGGCAGAUCGACUCUUCAAGACACUGAAGAACUGCAGAGUUCGAUACUUCAAGGACAAUGGCCAUACCCUACUCUUGGUACACUUGCAAUUCAUCGAAAUGUUCCUAAGCCGAGCACUGGAAUUUUUUGGAGUCAAUUCUGAAAUUCACAUUUUUCUUGCACAGGAGGAUGGUAUCAAUCUAUUAUCUGUCAUAAAAGGUGCAAACAUGUACCGUCGUGGCAGACAACGGGACUUUGUGACUGACUACCUCCCCCCUACACUAAAUGAGUUCAAGAAAACAUUUGAUGAAGAUAACAAAUUGUUUCACCUUGCACUGAGCCCAGUCAUGAUGUCUACACUGACAAACGGCAAAAUUGUCCGUGGCCUCGCUGGUGUUCCUGACCAAGGUCCUGUCUUGUUUGUGGGUUAUCAUGCACUGAUGGGGAUCGAGUUAAGCCCAUUGUAUGAAGAAUUUUUGAAGGAGAAGAACACCGUUGUCCGUGGCCUUGGUCAUCCAGUGUUGUUUGGAGCAAGUAAUGAGACCUCGCGUCAGGAGUUGUCUCGGUUUGAUACAGUUUCUAUGUACGGCGGAUUGCCGGUCACUCCAAUCAAUAUGUACAGGCUGUUCGAGAGAAAUCAGUAUGUUCUCCUCUAUCCAGGUGGUGUUCGGGAAGCUCUACAUAGAAAGGGUGAAGAAUAUAAGCUGUUUUGGCCGGAUCAACCAGAAUUUGUAAGGAUGGCAGCAAGGUUUGGUGUUACCGUCGUUCCAUUUGGGUUUGUCGGAGAAGAUGAUGCAUUAGAGUUGGUUCUGGAUUACAAUGAUCAAAAGAACAUUCCGUACCUUCGAGAGUGGAUUGAGUCAAUCAACAAAGACAGCCAAAGAGUGAGAGAUAGUGUCAAAGGAGAAGAAGGGAAUCAAGAUAUGUACCUACCUGCUAUUGUUCCCAAAGUACCUGGACGGUUCUACUACUUGUUUGGCAAACCAAUCAAAAUGAAAGGGAUGAACAAUGUUCUGAGAGAUAGGAAGAGCGCAAACGAAGUGUAUUUACAUAUCAAAUCAGAAGUCGAUAAUGCAUUGGCAUACUUAAAAAGGAAGAGGGAGGAAGAUCCUUACAGGAGUAUAUCGCAGCGUGCUGUGUACCAGGCAACUUGGGGUGUUUCUGCUCAGGUCCCAACUUUCGAACCAUAGACUAGGUGCAAAUAUAUUCAUGCGAUAGAUGACUGCACAUUGGCAGUUUGGCAUAAGCAGAAACGGAAGAACAGCUAGCACUUUCUGCGGAGGAAGUUAGGGCAAGCUUUCUGCAAAUCCCAGUGUACAACUCUAACAUUAGUUAAGCAUUCAGAAAGAAGAUAUCCAUUAUAGCAAAGUA